UGCUUUUGCCCGACCGCAGGAGUCACCUUGCUCCACCACCCCACUUUGCGCACCCCGCUCCUACACUCAUACCACUACGCCGCGGACACAUUUGACUUUCGCCCGAGUCGCCUCUCCAAUCCCUUAUCGCACCCCUUCGCGCUUAGCAGCCAUGCCGCCGCCCGAGUACUGGGACGAGGAGGACGAAUGGUACAGCGACCGAUACACCAGCGGCGCCCGCCACGUACAUCCACCUCGAAGAGCUCGAGAUGACGCCUACGGUCGUCGCACCACCGAGUUCCUCGCGCCCGAACACCACACCUACACGACGGGCCUCCACCGCACCCGGUCGCAAGGCCAUUCUCCAGCGCCUAACGUGACCAUCUACAAUACUAGCCGCAUGGACAACGAAAGCAGCCCAAAUGUGCGCACCGAACAGCGUAGUCCCGCCCCAAGCCCUCGAUUGGCCCCACGAGGCCGCACCCGUAGGCUCGCUGAUGAUUGGGCACUUGAGGAUGAACUCGAAGAACUCAAAUUACAAGUCGCAAAGCAGCGGUCUCGCUCUCGGUCCGUGCACUACCAUCGCGACGACUCUCCUAGCCAUGAGUACGAGCGCUGGAAGCUUCAGGACACCGAACGACGACUUAAAGAAACCGAAGACAAGCUGGAGCAGGAGAGGCGCGAGGAGCUGCGCGACGAGCUGAUGAAAAAGAGAGCCGAGCUCAAGUAUAUAAAGGACAGACGAGAGCGUGAGGAAGAGGAGGCGCGGAUCAAAGCGCAAGAAGACCGCCUGAGAAAGGACUGGGAGUUAAAGCUCAAGAAGGAGGAGAUGAAGAGAAUUGAGGAUCAGAGGGAGGCUGAGGAUGACAAGAAGCGAAUCAUCCUAGAGGAACAGGCAAAGCUGGACCGACGCGCGAAGGAAAAAGAAGACGAGCGUAAGCGGAUUAUUACGGAGAACACGCUGAAGAUGGAGAGGGAAGAGCGGGAGCGCAAAGAGGCACGUCAACGAGCCGUGGACGCGUUCACUCGCGAGCAGGCCGAGAAAGAGAAAAAAGCAAAGGAAGAACGUGAUCGCAUUGUCAUGGAGUAUGAGCGCAGGAAAGUGGAAGAUGAGGUGAAAGCAAAGAAGCAGCGCGAGGAGCUCAUCAUGCAACUCAAGAUCGAAGAGGAGGAGCGAAAGCGAAAGGAGCAGGAGGAGUGGGACCGUUUCCUCAUGAAGCAGAAGAAGAAGGAAGAAGAGGAGAAGACUGCAAAGACGAAGAAGGAAAAGGAACUAGAAGAGGAAAUGCGCAAGAGGCUCGCUCAUUUCGGCUUUCAGGACAACCAGAUCCAAGCCAUGAUCAAGCCGGAGGAUGCCGCGAAACUCCAGCAGGGCAUGGCACCGAGUAACCCAUUGCGCUUGACGCACCAACCGACAUAUGUCAAAGUGCACAAGGAGCAUCUGUCUGUUGAGACCCUGCUAUACUACGAUAUUCCGUACGAGAUCGAUAGGGCCGAUCCUAAUUACAUCGUUAUCCUCCGAGAGAUGGAGCCCCGAGAAACCGAGAUUCUCUUCGAACACACGCGUCGCCUCCGCACCCGAGGCUCCUCCCGUCUCCUCAUCGAAGAGCGCCACGACCACGGAAAGCCCGAAUACGCUUGGGUGCGUCGGAGGAAGCCCUCGCGAUCCCCGUCCCGCCGCCGAAGCUCACCAAAGAGGGUUGUUGGUAUCAAGGAGAUGUUCUUUUGAAUAGGCAACAUAGAUAUCGGGUCCCCAUAUCAUUUGUAUACUCUGGCUUGAGCAGGAGUGGCGUCUUGUUUUUUGUUCUUUCUACCAGACAAGAGGUGAGGCAAAUUCUAGCCGCAUCAGGAAUGUUUUCAUACCUUCCAUACCUCUACUCUGUGGAACAUGGCAGAAGGGAGUAACGGGUCUGUCCCUAGAUAGACACAGUAUGUCCUUUGGAAUUUUGAACGUUUCAGCUAGCUACACAGACAACACAUUCAAGUAACCAAGCCCGGUCGUACGGCAGCAGAAGUCGCACCUGUUGUGGAGCUGAGCUUCGUUGUCCAGCAUCUGCGCAUGCAAGUCAGCUUUUGCUCACCGGUC